UUGCUGGGAAACAUCUGCCGACGCCUGCGGCUCGACCCGGCCGACAUGGCGGCGGCGGCGGCGCUGGCGGGGCUCGCGGCGGCCUUCCUCCUCCUCGCGACCCAGGUGGCCUGUGAGUACGGCAUGGUGCACGUGGUCUCCGAGACAGGGGGCCCCAGAGGCAAAGACUACUGCAUCCUCUACAACCCGCAGUGGGCCCACCUGCCACACGACCUCGGCAAAGCGUCUCUCCUACAGCUGCGGGACUGGACGGCCUCUGUGCUCUGCUCACCGCCCGACCUCCCCACCAAAGGCUUCAGCAACCAGAUCCCGCUGGUGGCGCGGGGAAACUGCACCUUCUAUGAGAAAGUGCGGCUGGCACAGGGCGGCGGGGCGCGCGGGCUGCUCAUCGUCAGCAAGGAGACACUGGUCCCCCCAGGAGGCAACAAGACACAGUAUGAGGAGAUUGGCAUUCCCGUGGCCCUGCUCAGCUACAAAGACAUGCUGGACAUCUUCAAGAAUUUUGGCCGAGCAGUGAGGGCAGCGCUGUACGCCCCCAACGAGCCCAUGCUGGACUACAACAUGGUCAUCAUCUUCGUCAUGGCCGUUGGCACCGUCGCGCUCGGGGGCUACUGGGCCGGGAGCCGGGAUGUGAAGAAGAGGUACAUGAAACACAAGCGGGACGAUGGGCCCGAGAAGCAGGAGGAUGAGGCGGUGGACGUGACCCCCGUCAUGAUCUGUGUCUUCGUGGUCAUGUGCUGCUCCAUGCUGGUGUUGCUCUACUACUUCUACGACCAACUCGUCUAUGUGAUCAUCGGGAUCUUCUGUCUGUCGUCGUCCACGGGCCUCUAUAGCUGCCUGGCACCGUUGGUCCAGAGGCUGCCUUUCGGCAGGUGCAGGGUCCCCGACAACAGCCUGCCCUACUUCCACAAGCGCCCUCGGGUCAGCAUGCUGCUGCUCGCACUGCUCUGCCUGGCCGUCAGCGUGGUGUGGGGAAUCUUCCGGAACGAGGACCAGUGGGCCUGGGUCCUUCAGGACGCGCUGGGUGUUGCCUUCUGUCUCUACAUGUUGAAAACCAUCCGUCUCCCCACUUUCAAGGCCUGCACGCUGCUGCUGCUGGUGCUCUUUGUCUACGACGUCUUCUUUGUGUUCAUCACGCCCUUCCUGACCAAGAGCGGGAACAGUAUCAUGGUGGAGGUGGCGACCGGGCCCUCGGACUCGGCCACCCACGAGAAGCUCCCCAUGGUCCUGAAGGUGCCCAGACUCAACGCCUCGCCACUGGCCCUGUGUGACCGGCCCUUCUCCCUGCUGGGCUUUGGGGACAUCCUGGUGCCAGGGCUGCUCGUGGCGUACUGCCACAGGUUCGACAUCCAGGUGCAGUCGUCCAGGGUCUACUUCGUGGCCUGCACUGUGGCUUACGGCAUCGGCCUCCUGGUGACGUUCAUGGCGUUGGCCCUGAUGCAGCGCGGCCAGCCUGCCCUCCUCUACCUGGUGCCCUGCACACUGAUCACAAGCUGCGCCCUGGCGCUCUGGCGCAGGGAGCUGGGCAUGUUCUGGACGGGCAGCGGCUUUGCGAAGGAUCUACCUCAGUCUCCUUGGGCUCCGUCUUCAGCCGACAGCCCGCAACCUCGGAAGGACUCAGACACCGGCCUCUCCCAGCCGCCUCCAGGUGAAGAACUGGCCAAAUGCCCCCUGCCCCACGGGCAGCCCCCGGAGUUGUCUGUGCCCGAGGAGACCGGGGCCGGAGCAUCCCCCCAGGAGCCUGUGAGCCCAGAGGGCCACGCCCCUGAGCCCACGAGCGUGGUAGGCACCUCGGCCUAGGAGAUGGCGCAGACUCGAGGGCCUCGCUGCUGCCCCUCUGCACCGAGAGACCCUGACACAGGACCUGCCCGGCCCCCCAACUUGGUGCUCCGGUCUGGCCGACGCCCCCGCUCUUCCUCCUUGAGCCGAGCCCAGCUGCACCCCGGACCCUCUCCAGCCCUGCUCCCAGCUCGCGUGGCUGCCGCGAGUCCCCUCGUGCCCCCACCCCAGCCGACGAGGUCACCGUCAUGCGAGUGCCCAGCUCCAUGGUCUUGCCAUCGACUCAGUUUCCUCGGAAAGGGCAAGAAGCUCCACCUACGACCGCCCACGGCUGCAGAUCCGCCCACAUUUGGUGCUUCUCACGCUGCCGCUUCCCUCAGGUUCUCGCCGGCGCUGUGCCUGGGCCGGAGGGCAGGGUCUGCCUCCCUGAGGUUGCGGCCUUCCCACGGACGCUGGCCAGCAGAGCCUCUGCAGUCCGGGUGGUCUGCACCCCCACGUCCGCACUCAGGCCACGCUCAGGCUGCAGGCCGGCUGGCCGGGGUCAGACCUGCGUUUGGCUCAGCAGGGGCCGCAGGCAGCGCCCGCCCCAGCGGGACGCACAGUGGGCCCCCCGCCUCUUCCAUCAGCCCGGACCUGCGCUCCAGCUUCUCCGCCUGCUAAUUAACGGCCACAACUUGUUGAACUCGGGGUAGUGUUGCCUCUUGGGUGUGAGUCUCUGGGACCACCCUGGUUGGGGCAGCUGGGCGCCAGGCCGCACCCUGCACAGCGGCUGUGGCUUUUCUGUGGUCUCCAUUUUAUAUUUCAGCUUAGAGGGACUCGGGGGGGAGCCCACCCUUCUUCUCAUGGCAUCUGCACGUCUCCACCCCACCCCAGCCCGGCCUCUGGGAACAACACCGGCCAGGCGAGCGCACUUACUAUUUAAACCCUGGGAGCUUCUGGAAUGUGGAGAAUAUUCUGGAACUGGCAUUUUGUCUUCUACCUCACUGACAGGGUUCUCCGAACGUCACGAUGGAAAUGCUGCAGUAGGACUGGCCUCGGGUCAGUGGCCCCCAUGCCGUGGCACUCGCCUGUCCACGCAGCCUCCAGACUUGAGCUCGGAAAGACGUUUCCACUGACGUGAAAUGAAGGCACAGACACCACCACCACCACCCCUCCCCCCGCCAUGCGGUCCCAGCUCUGUCCCCGUCUGUCUGCUCUCAGUUGUAGACAGCAGGCUCGGGGUCAGCCAUGAUCCAUUCCAAAAAAUACCAGCGCCAGACAGACUCACACACAGUCUUUGUCAGCCAUGCUGCUCUACGGAGAAAUGAUGUUGAUUUAAAAAAAAAAAAAGUCUUCCACCUGUUUUAUGUGUGUCCUUUAAAAAAACAGGUGACCUGGGUUCUGGAAGACCAACUGGACCUGCCGGCCCCCCUGAGAGCCCCCAACUCGGAGGCCAGGCCGGGACACAGGGUCUCAGCGGACCCGUUCCCACAUCGACCCGCGUGUUCCUCUAAGCCAUUUUGUACGACAGCGUAGAGCCAGGAUUCUCCGUUUUCCGUGUUUGACAAACAUCAAGGGAUUCGAAGGCGGAUGUUCGCUCCUGAAGUUUCCAUUUGCAGUCUUUGCCUCGCUUCUGUUUGAAUCUUACAAUUAAACACAGCUUUUGAUAGUU